CUCUCUCUCUGUCUGCCUGUGCGGCCGGCUCGACGUCGCCUCACUUCUUCUUCUUCUUCUUCUUCUUCUCUCUUUCGCUCCCUCUGUGCUGAAGGUGUUAAACUGUGGUGGCUUGGGGUUUAUAGAAAUGGAGGCGGCGAUGGGUCUGAUGCGAAGGAUCCAUCCAAAGCAAGCAGAAACUGCUCUCUCAGCGCUUCUAAGUCUCCUGCCUGACCACUCUUCUGAUCUACUCUCUCAGAUUGAUCAGCCACUCCAGGUCUUAUGUGAUAUGGAAUGUGGAAAGGAGUUCUUAUUAUGCGAAUACAACAGGGAUGGUGAUUCCAAUAGAUCACCUUGGUCAAAUAAAUAUCAUCCACCCCUUGAAGAUGGACUCUGCCCGUCUCCCGAGUUGAGGAAACUUGAAAUUGAGGCAAAUGAUGUCUUUGCCAUAUAUCGUGACCAGUAUUAUGAAGGUGGCAUUUCAUCAGUAUAUGCAAUGGAAGGUGAUCACGGAGGUUUUGUUGCAUGCUUCUUAAUAAAGAAAGAUGGCUCAAAGACAGGGCAUGGCCGAAGGGGUUAUUUACAAGAAGGUGCCUGGGAUGCUAUCCAUGUAAUUGAGGUGGGGCCUGAGGAAGAAGGAACAGCUCAUUACUGCUUGACCAGUACCGUUAUGCUGUCAUUGACCACAAAUACUGAGACAUCGGGCUCGGGCACAUUUAAUUUAUCAGGUUCAAUUAGAAGACAGAUGAAUAUGGACCUGCCAAUUGAAGAGGGUCACCUUUGUAACAUGGGAAGGAUGAUUGAAGAAAUGGAGAGUAAACUGAGAUACUCAUUGGAUCAGGUCUAUUUUGGGAAGACGAAGGAGAUGGUUUGCAUCCUCCGACCACCAUCUGAAGUGGUGCAAUUGAGAAUGCCUGAUAGCUGAUGCAAGUACCAUGGCACAUGGAAAGAUAGAAUAUAAUUUGUUUCUUUUCAUCUCAUCAAUGCUAUGCUUGUUACUGCUGGGUAUUUUGAAUCUGAAUGUAGCUUACCCCUCAGUUUUGCUGUAGCACUUGAUACGGUGAAUCUCUCUUUGUUUUUCUACAUUCUUCUGUACGUUAAAAGGUACAUGAUAUUUUAGAUAUU